AUGAGUAUUUCUCGAACAUCUCUUGCUCCGUAUCCCUCCUCAAAAUAUUGCAGAGACACGCAAGCAAAUUUGCGAUUUAAAGGGGAACCUGGGAUCCGCUUGCAGUUUCAUUUAUUUGGCCACCACACCACCGAAAUCCCAGGAAGGGAUGCAUGGAUAGGAAGUUUAAACUUGCAUGCGUCUCUCUCCGAUGACUAG